CUUCGGUAAAUCAAGGCGAUCCAUCAAUUCUGCUUUUCGCUUGUGUGCAGAGAGACGUCCGCCUUUUCCCCCCCGUGCUGGAAGAUAAACCGGCUCAAGAGUCGCCGUUUUUCAAUCACAGUCUAUCCGGCGGAGGAUACCGCUAUAAUGGGUGUUUUUAACGGAACCGGACUUUAUAGCAGUUUUCGUGCGCGCAGCUUCUGAUAGAAAAAAACAACAACCCAUCUUGACGCCCGUUAGCUAGCGUUUAGUUCUCGCCACUGUCCGGUGGUGUCGGUGCUGUUUCGGCGAGAGUCCCCUCAAACGAGGGAUAUCUAAGGAAUCUUACUGGGAGACGGUCCUUAAACCGCAAACAUGUCUGGGGCGUCUGUAAAAGUCGCUGUUCGAGUUCGGCCCUUCAACUCCAGGGAGACAAGCAAGGACUCAAAAUGUAUCAUUCAGAUGCAAGGCAACACUACAACUAUCCUCAACCCCAAAGCCCCAAAGGAACCAGCAAAGACCUUCAGUUUUGAUUACUCCUACUGGUCACACACCACGCCGGAGGACCCAUGCUUUGCAUCACAGAACCUCGUGUACAAUGACAUUGGCAAGGAAAUGCUGCAGCAUGCCUUUGAGGGCUAUAACGUCUGCAUCUUUGCAUAUGGCCAGACAGGAGCUGGCAAAUCCUACACUAUGAUGGGCAAGCAGGAGGAAGGGCAGGAAGGAAUCAUUCCCAUGCUAUGUGAAGAUCUCUUUGAGAAAAUCAAUGAGGACAGCAACAAAGAGGAGCUCUCCUACUCAGUAGAGGUCAGUUACAUGGAGAUCUACUGCGAGCGAGUCCGAGAUUUGCUCAAUCCUAAGAACAAAGGGAAUCUGCGAGUCCGAGAACACCCGCUGCUGGGUCCCUACGUAGAGGACCUGUCCAAGCUAGCUGUCACCUCCUACACAGACAUCGCUGACCUGAUGGAUGCAGGCAACAAGGCCAGAACUGUGGCUGCCACCAACAUGAACGAGACCAGCAGCAGGUCCCAUGCAGUCUUCACCAUCGUCUUCACACAGAAGAAACACGACAGCGAGACGGAUCUCUCUACAGAAAAGGUCAGUAAAAUCAGUCUGGUAGACUUGGCAGGGAGUGAACGAGCAGAUUCCACCGGAGCUAAAGGUACCAGGCUAAAGGAGGGAGCAAACAUCAACAAAUCUCUCACCACUUUAGGAAAGGUUAUCUCUGCCCUGGCUGAAGUGGACAACUGUACCAGCAAGAGCAAGAAGAAGAAGAAGAGUGACUUCAUCCCAUACAGAGACUCUGUUCUGACGUGGCUGCUGAGGGAGAACCUCGGUGGAAACUCCAGAACAGCUAUGGUAGCUGCCCUCAGUCCUGCAGAUAUCAACUAUGAUGAAACCCUCAGCACGCUCCGUUAUGCUGACCGAGCCAAGAACAUCAAGUGCAAUGCUGUGAUCAAUGAGGAUCCCAACAAUAAGUUGGUGCGUGAGCUGAAGGAUGAAGUGGCUCGGCUGAAGGAGCUGCUCCGUGCCCAGGGCCUUGGAGACAUCCUGGACAUUGAUCCUAUGGGGGAUGAUUGCCCAGGAAGUGGAAUCAAAUACCUCAAAGACAUUCAGAACAAUAAGCAUAGAUACUUGAUAGCCUCAGAGAACCAACGCCCUGGCCAUUUCUCCACAGCCCCUAUUGGUUCCCUGACAGCCUCUCCAUCCUCUGGCUCACUAAGCAGCCAGGGAGGCCUGCAGUCAGUCACCAGCAUCCAAGAGCGCAUCAUGUCCACACCUGGAGGAGAGGAGGCCAUUGAAAGACUCAAGGAAUCAGAAAAGAUCAUCGCAGAACUCAAUGAAACCUGGGAAGAGAAACUGCGAAAGACUGAAGCAAUCCGCAUGGAAAGGGAGGCUUUGCUUGCAGAGAUGGGUGUGGCCAUCCGUGAAGAUGGAGGCACUUUGGGUGUAUUCUCUCCUAAAAAGACUCCACAUUUGGUUAACCUAAAUGAGGAUCCUCUCAUGUCAGAGUGUCUGCUCUACUACAUCAAAGACGGAAUUACAAGGGUGGGUCAGGCCGAUGCCGAGAGAAGACAGGACAUCGUUUUAAGUGGCGCUCACAUCAGAGAAGAACACUGCAUUUUCCGCAGCGAAAGGAACGCCAACGGAGAUGUCAUUGUUAUGCUGGUGCCCUGCGAGGGAUCGGAAACCUACGUCAACGGCAAGCGUGUUGAGGAUGCAAUCCAGCUCCGUUCAGGCAACCGUAUCAUUAUGGGAAAGAACCACGUGUUCCGGUUCAACCACCCAGAGCAGGCCAGAGCUGAAAGGGAGAAGACACCGUCUGCUGAAACCCCUGUGGAGCCGGUGGAUUGGACGUUUGCUCAGAGAGAACUCCUGGAAAAGCAGGGUAUUGACAUGAAGCAGGAAAUGGAGAAAAGACUCACUGAGAUGGAGAUCUUGUACAAAAAAGAGAAGGAAGAAGCAGAUCAACUUCUGGAGCAGCAGCGGCUGGUUUACGAGAGCAAAUUGCAGGAACUCCAGAAACAGGUGGAGACUCGUUCUCUGGUAGCCGAAACACCUGACGAAGAAGAGCUGGAGGAGGAAGAGGAAGAAGAAGUUCCGUGGACUCAGCACGAGUUUGAGCUGGCUCAGUGGGCGUUCAGGAAGUGGAGGUACCAUCAGUUCACCUCCCUCCGUGACCAGCUGUGGGGGAACGCGGUGUAUCUGAAGGAGGCUAAUGCGAUUAGCGUGGAGCUAAAGAAGAAAGUCCAGUUCCAGUUCGUCCUCCUGACAGACACGCUGUACUCUCCGUUGCCUCCUGAACUUCUGUCGACCGAGCCAGAGAAAGAACGUGACCCCAGACCUUUCCCUCGCACCGUGGUGGCCGUAGAAGUUCAAGAUCUGAAGAAUGGAGCUACACACUACUGGUCCCUUGAAAACUCAAGUAAGCGGCUGGACCAGAUGAGGGAGAUGUACGACCGCGCUGGAGAGAUGGCCUCCACUCACCAGGAGGACGGCGAAGGCACCCUGACAGGAAACGACCCCUUCUAUGACCGAUUCCACUGGUUCAAGCUCGUCGGGAGCUCCCCCAUCUUCCACGGUUGCGUUAAUGAGCACCUGGCCGACCGCACGCCCUCGCCCACGUUCUCCACCACCGACUCUGAGAUCACGGAGCUGGCGGACGAACGCCAGAGCGAGAUGUCCGACCUGAUCGACGACGAGGCGUUCGUGGACGACACCAGCUCGGACGCCGGCACCGAGGAGGGUUCGGACAUCUUCAGCGACGGCCAGGACCCCUUCUACGACCGCUCCCCUUGGUUCAUCCUGGUGGGAAGAGCUUUCGUGUACCUGAGCAACCUGCUGUACCCCGUACCGCUGGUUCACCGUGUUGCCAUAGUAACGGAGAAGGGCGAGGUGCGGGGUUUCCUGCGCGUGGGGGUCCAGGCUAUAGCUGCUGACGAGGAGGCUCCAGACUACGGGUCAGGAGUUAGACAGUCAGGAACCGCCAAGAUUUCCUUUGAUGAUGAAUACUUCAAAAAGAACGACUUCCCCUCUACGGUUAUGACGCGCUCCGGCAUGUCCCUGGAAGAGCUUCGCAUUGUGGAGGGCCAGGGUCAGAGUUCAGAGGUCAUCACACCCUCGGAGGAGCUCAACAGAAUCAAUGACAUGGACCUCAAGCUGGGAAACAUCGCAGACACCAAGCUGGGUCAUGGCGACGGGCUGGCAGGCCAGCUGGAGGUGGGCAGCAUCUUCACCUUCCGUGUCACUGUGCUCCAGGCUAACGGCAUUCCUCCUGAGUAUGCCGACAUCUUCUGCCAAUUCAAUUUCCUGCAUCGUCACGACGAGGCUUUUUCCACCGAGCCUCUGAAAAACGCCGGCAAAGGAGCUCCUCUGGGCUUUUACCAUGUCCAGAAUAUUUCAGUGGAGGUCACGGAGUCCUUUAUUGAGUACAUCAAGAGCAAACCCAUCGUGUUUGAAGUGUUUGGCCACUACCAGCAGCACCCACUGCAUCUUUAUGGCCAGGACCUGAUCAGUCCUCCAACGCCAUCGAGGAAAUACUACCCUAUCCCCAUGCCUCUGUCUAAGCCAGUUCCAGCCACCAAGUUGAACACCAUCACCAAGUCCAACCUGGGUCAGUGUGUCAGCAAGUAUGACCUGCUGGUGUGGUUUGAGAUCAGCGAGCUGGAGCCCACUGGAGAGUACAUCCCAGCUGUAGUGGAUCACAGUGGAGGGCUGCCCUGCCAUGGCACCUACCUGCUGCACCAGGGGAUCCAGCGGAGGAUCACAGUGACUCUCAUCCAUGAGAAGGGAAGCGAGCUCCACUGGAAGGACGUUCGUGAGCUGGUUGUGGGUCGUAUCAGAAACAAGGCUGAGGUGGAUGAUAGCGCAGCAGAUGCUGUCCUGUCCCUGAACAUCAUUUCUGCCAAGAACAUCAAGUCAUCCCACAACACCAACAGGACUUUCUAUCGCUUCGAGGCGGUGUGGGACAGCUCCCUGCACAACUCCCUCCUGCUAAACCGAGUCACUCCUUAUGGAGAGAAGAUCUACAUGACCUUGUCUGCAUAUCUGGAGCUGGACCACUGCAUCCAGCCUGCCAUCAUCACCAAAGACAUCUGCAUGGUCUUCUACUCCAGAGACGCCAAGAUCUCCCCUCCUCGUUCUCUCAGGAACCUCUUUGGAAGCGGAUACUCCAAAACUCCUGACUGCAACCGAGUGACCGGCAUCUACGAGCUGAGCUUGUGCAAGAUGUCUGACACCGGGAGUCCAGGGAUGCAGCGUAGGAGGAGGAAGAUCCUGGACACAUCAGUGGCUUAUGUGCGAGGAGAGGAGAACCUGGCCGGGUGGAGGCCCAGAGGAGACAGCCUAAUCCUGGAGCACCAAUGGGAGCUGGAGAAAAUGGAGCAGCUGCAUGAGGUGGAGAAGACCCGUCACCUCCUCCUGCUGAGGGAGAAGCUUGGAGAGGCGCCUCCAGUGGGAUCGGCUCCGACCACCAAGUCCCUGAGCGAGUGUCUGUCGCCCAGCAUGAGCUCAGGCACCCUGUCCACCUCCACCUCCAUCUCCUCACAGAUCUCCAGCACCACCUUUGAAAGCGCCAUCACGCCCAGCGAGAGCAGCGGCUACGACUCGGCCGACAUCGAGAGCCUGGUGGAUCGUGAGAAGGAGCUGGCUACUAAGUGCCUGCGCCUCCUGACACACACCUUCAACAGCGAAUACAACGAGGUGGUCAACAGCAUCAGCGACUGCAAACUCUCUGACAUCUCCCCCAUUGGACGUGACGCGUCAGUGACCAGCUUCAGCAGCGCCACCCUCACCCCCUCUUCAACCUGCCCCUCUCUGUCCGACUCCCGCUGCGGCUCCAUAGACCAGAAAACCCCAGAGAACAGCUCUCGUGCCUCCAGUCCCUCCUGCUCAGACUAUGAAAACUUCCCGAUGGUUCCCACUCUGGAGACGUCCUACCUUGCACGGGCUGGAAAGAACGAGUUCCUCAACUUGGUGCCUGAUAUUGAAGAAAUGAGGCCAGGAUCUGUUGUGUCCAAGAAGGGUUUCCUGAGCUUCAUGGAGCCCCGCUCCAACUCGUGGGUGAAGCACUUUGUGGUCGUUCGCCGGCCCUACGUCUUCAUCUACAACAGUGACAAGGACCCGGUGGAGCGAGGCGUGCUCAACCUGUCCACAGCGCAGGUGGAAUACAGCGAAGACCAGCAGGCCAUGCUCAAGACUCCCAACACGUUUGCUGUGUGCACAAAGCAUCGAGGAAUCCUCCUGCAGGCCAACAAUGAGAAAGACAUGAACGACUGGCUGUACGCCUUUAAUCCUCUGCUAGCAGGAACGAUAAGAUCUAAGCUGGCGAGGAGGCGCAGCGGCCUGCCGAAAAACUGAGUGAGUGGAGUGGCACACAGGAAACCAACGGCUUCCAUUGUUUCUGAAAAGCCUUUGAACAUACCAAGUGUUAACACUUAUUAAUCAUUGUGAUUCUUGACGGUUUUCUCUUGUAAGUAGACUUGUGGCUUAAGUCUCCUUUCAUGCGACUAAAAGUUUCAGUUCCAGACAAAUUUGCCUCCCUUUCCCCUCCAGCCACCCUCUGCCGACUUCGCUCUCCUCCUCUCUAUUUCCUCCCCCUCAGCUUUUUGUGUUUUUGUUUUUUAUGACAAUGUUUGGGUCUAAUUUUCGUCCCGCUUUCUCGUCAUUCCCAAAUUCCCUAACUAGUAGCAUGUUGUAGUAGUCUACUUGUGUGUGCACGACUCUUCAGAAGCUUUCAGUUUGCCAAUCAUCUGUAGAAAAGAAAAAUGUCUAUAUCAGUGUUACUUGUCUCCCAAAACGACGUUUAUUUUUGGGUUGUUGUUUUUUUUAUAUAUAAUAUGCUGGCAUGUUAACUGCAGCAGUCCUCAGGAGAAGACCAACUUUAAUCACUGGAAAAAAUUGAAACAAAUCAGAGAACUUACUGUUGAAAUCAUGAAGGGAAAAAGUACAAAUAUCUCCAAGUGAUGUAUUAGUUUAUGCUCUGCUACAUGAACUAUUGCUGCUAAUAAAUUCAUAGGGAUUUUUUUCUCCUCAUCAUGAGAUUUGUAUCCGGCCGCUGCCUCUUCCUAAAGCAGACUCUCUCCUCCAAGCGUCUCCUCAGCAAAAACUCCAAAUUUGUCAGCGAGACAUGAGGGCAGGACUGGAUUUCUUUGUGAUAUUUAGAUCCCACUCCUCGGUCUGUGUACAUAACUCCAAAAAAACCCCAAUAGUGCCAGUGUCAGUCAGUUAGUCAGUGAGUACGCACUCUUGCAUUUGUGUCAACAUGGAAAAUUCACGCUAAAACGAGCAAAAAAUGUAAGAAGAUCAUUUCACGUCUCUGCGGAUUCUUCCUGCAGGAGUAGAUAUUUGUGGCUGUCGUUUUGCUUUUUCAUCUCAAGAAAAAAAAAGCUGGUUUUCAAAGAGAUGACAGAAUUGGGAGGAGGAAGAUGGACAGCAGCGCUCUAAAGAGAGAAGUUCAUUUGUACAGUCUGUUCUGGGAUCAGUUUGCUAGCUCAUUUAAGACAUUCCUAACUAACACGCCGAGACCUCCAGAGAGCCGCUAACAUUUAGUUUAACCUUCACGCAUUUGAUAAAAAAACUGGAGACAUAACAGAAGAAGAAGUAAGAAGGAGAACGAAGUAGGACAGAUCCAGAUCCAGUCGGUUAAAAACCUCCAAAACGAAGUGCAGCACCGCAGGUUGUUCAUUUUUCUGUUUGUGUUCUUGAAUCGAAACUCAUCUAACUCUCAUCGUGUUGACUUUUAUUUUUGAAAUAACAUUUUUCUCUCUCUCUUAUUCUUUUAAUCAUUCCUCAGUGAAGUUUUAUACGAAAUGCAACAGAGGGCAUUUAUUUCUUAAUUUCUAACCGACAUCGUGUCUUGGUGUUUGACCUUAUUUUGCACAUUAACACAUAUCUAUAGCAAAAAGACGACUAAAAGGCAGAUGGCAUGCUGUGUUGAGUCAUCAGGAACAAAGACAGGAGCACAUAUCAGGGCUACACUGGAUGAUAGCUGAAAGAAAGGAGUGAUAUUAAAGGGACGACAUAUUCAAAGGUUUUAUUUCUGAUAUUGCUCUCGAAAAUGUUUGCUCUGUGCUGCAGUCGGUGCCUCCGGUUCUACAAAUAGUGGAAAUGUGUGUUUAAAAAAGUGCAGAUGGGCGUUCAUAAACUCUGGCCUGCCAACCAGCAGUGCGCCCACUGUGUCAUAAGAAAGGCAAAUUAAGGUUUAUUGUAGAAACAGAGGCACCCUUUGCCGGUUACAAGUGUUAAAGCGUAAUAAUUGGUGACGCAUCUUCAUUGUAAAGACAGAAAACUUUCACCUCAGAGCUGAAAAUGACAUAAAAUCGCCGCCGCCCUCAGGUCAACCAACCUGCUGGUCGGUGAAACAAAAACCCGCUUUAUCGCCAUUUUCUGUUCAAAUGUUUCGUCUGGGGAAAAAAAUCGGACAAAACAUCUAUGCACUGAUUCAAGCUCAAAGUGCAACAUACCUCACAUUAACCUCCAGAGCAAACGUUUUCCCCCUCAGUGACUAAUUUGCAGAGGUAUAUUAUUUUGGAUUGUGUAUUUAUUGUUUGCAAUGUAUAUAUUAGUUUGCAGCUCUUUGCACAUAUUAAUAAAAGGUUCAACUAACUGAUCAAAUAAAGUCUGUGCGGUUUAGUUGUUCUGCUCAUAAUGAACCAAAUGGUGGCGUGGCAGCCUCUUCCAGCCCAGGAGAGAGUUGAAUGUAAAGAUGUGUGUGUUUGUUUUCUUUCUCAUCAUUUAAAGAAAAAGGAAAAAAGAGACCUAAAAUGUAACCCGCUGCAGCUUCUAGCGGGACGUGGGUUACAUUAGUGCUUCCUCUUUAUCGGAAAGUGAAUAUUUACUCAUCCUAACCAGCCGCAUCAACAAAAAGAUGGUUUCUGAUGCAUUUUAUUUCUUCUAAUAUCAGGGAAUAUAACACAAAGUAGCUAGCCACAUCUAAAAACGACAGUAUGCUAUUGUUUGUGUCUUUCUUCACCUCAACACUUUAUUUUUUGUUUCCGUUGAUGCCUUUAACUAGCCGUGAUAUUUUUCCAUCUCCCCCCUUCUGAAGAUUAAUAUCAGUUAAACUCCCUUUUCCGAUUUGCUCACCAAAAGAAAAGGAAAACAAAAAGACAUGAUAUUAACACUGUACAUUAUUUGUCAUACUGGUUUCAUUUUCAUACUUAUUUUGUAAAUAUCUGUGUUGUAUGGAGCUUGAACUAAAAUGUAAAUAUGUUUACUGUAUUUGUAAUAAUUAUAAUCCAUUCGCUGUAUAGCAUAGAUGUGUCAUGCAGAUAUCCUAAUUCUGUGUAUGGUAAUCUUGCACCAUUGAACUGUUUAGUGAAUGAGGCAACAAUAAAAAGUGCAAACUGUGCAUUA